AAGAUGUGAGAGCUGGGACUCCAGAAGCCAGUCUUUUCCCUUUAGCCCCCUUCCGCUUAAACAAAGACAGAGCAGCCCUGUAUGAGUGUUGGGAAACCAGAGCCCUCCCACCCACCUCCUGCAAGGGCCAAGGGAGCCGGGAAAGCUGCCGGGAGCCACCCCCUCGCCGGGCAGGGAAAGCUGGAUGCGGGGGAGCGAGCCUGGAACAAACCUCUCGCCUGCGCUGGUGGGCAGAGCCGGCAGCAGGGAAAGCUGGGAACAGAGAAGAGGCAUUUCACGCUCUGGGCUGAGUCACCCAAGUGUAUAAAAUCAAGGCCAGGCAAGCGGAGCCACGCAGAGCAGAGGCACGAGGCAUCGGGGCUCCUGGACAGAUCUUGCAAGUUAAUUGCAAGCUACUCAGGAGAAGGAUGUUUUCACGCUUGGUCAUCCUCUCUCUGCUGAUGGGGAACACGGCUUCGCAGCCAGUGAGCAGAGCAGAGCCUGCAGCAUCCAGGGACGUCACCACCUUUUUCCAGCUGGCUCAGGAAGACUCUUGGGAGAACGUUAAUCUCACCAGCAUGUCCUGCGAGGAUCGGAAGAACAGGACCUGGGUGACCCUGCAGCUGACCAACAGCAGCCUGACGGCGUUCCCCACCUGCCUUCCCGAGGCCUUGGAGACCUUGGAUCUCAGCAACAACCUCUUACAAGAGGUGAACGGCACGGAGAUAGCAAAUCUCCCACGGCUGCGCGUCCUCUCACUGCGGCAGAACCAUCUCUGGUCAGUUAGAUGGCGAUCUGAAGCCCUCGGCAGUCUCCACUCUCUGGACUUAAGCUUUAACAAGCUGUCGUCUGUGCCAUCAUGCCACAGCUCUGCCCUGCCUAACUUGAGGUGGUUGUCCCUGGCUGGAAAUCCACUGAUGGAAAUCCAGCCACUGGCUUUUUCCUGUUACCCUCAGCUACAGUUCCUGAACCUCUCGGCAACGCUGCUGGGGCAGGACAACAGCAGAGGAAUCAGGGAGUCUGCUUUUGCCAUCAGUGCAUCUCCCAGCGAGGCCACAAACACGCCUGGAAACACUAUCAGCAUGCUUGAUCUGAGCGGGACCUUUCUUGAGAAAAUCCAACCAGAGUGGAUCAGAGAUUUGCCCAACCUCAGAUCGCUUCACCUGACAAGGAUGCCACAAUUAAGAAGCCUCAAUGCUGACUUCUUCAAGUCCACGCCUGAUCUCCGAGAGCUGAACUGUCGAGACUCCCGCUCGCUGGGUUUUGUGGGGACCGAGAUGUUUGUCAGUGCUCCUCACCUGAGCCAUCUCUCCUUUGAGAACUGUAACCUGAGCUCCUUUAAUCCUUGGAAUAUCAAUUCAUCGGACAGCAUCACCAUCAACUUGUACGGAAAUCGUCUGCUAUGCAACUGCCAGCUCUCCUGGCUGCUCUCCAAGCCCAAGAAAGUUGUGCUGCAAAAGGCUUCAGAGACUUUUUGCCACACAUCCCGGGAGGAUUCGGACAGACCUUCAAUGCCUGUUUCACUGCAAGAGCUCUAUGACAAAUGCCAGUCUGAGAGAAACAUCACGCUGCCAGAUUCAACCACAGCCUCUCCUGAACGUGAUGCUUUUAGCCUCAGCAGUUACGAUGCCACUGCUGUAUUAACAACAGACUCUGCUCCACUAACCAACGACACUUACAGCAGCUCCCUAAUUCAGGUGGAUGUAAUGAGCACAACAGGAGCCAACCCAACUGAGAUGAUGCUCACAAAGGCCCACAGUUCCUCCCACGAGGAGGUGGUUUCCGAAUUCACGAGCCAUCCUCCUUCGUUCAUGUCCGUAACCACCUCCCCAGGUUUGCUCGGAGAGCUCUACAGUCACUCCUCAGAUUAUUUUCUCCAAGAGCUCUAUAGUCGCCCCUCAGAUUACGGCUCCACGAGUCAAACUGAAACAGAUCAGGUAAAGGGAGAGCUCAGAACAACCGAUGAGCCGCUUCCCCAGGAAGGCCCAUUCACCCAGCCCACUAGCCAUUAUCCUACAAGAGCAACAGAAAAGCCUGAUGCCACUGACCAUUAUAUCCGCGCCUUUGCCACCCGUGCUGGGGAAGGUACGACACAAACGAGCCAAACGAGCCCCCCCCAGCUGAACUCCACAAGAAGCAGUGCACACACCAGGUCACUGAUACACUACAUAGAUGACUACGAUUAUGAUGAACACUCGACACAAACCCCAGUACAACUGGUGUACACCUCCUGCGACUACAACCCCUGCAGACACCUCCAGAAGCCAUGCAGUGAACUUCAGAGCAUAUCCCGAUGUCUGUGUCCUGGCCUGUCGAGGGAAGAUGAGAUUCCAGACCCACCGAGGCUCAGGGAGGUGGCUGAAGUUACAGACAGCUCUGCACAGAUACGCUGGUGCGCCCCAAAUUCCGUUGUUCACACCUACAAGCUGAUGCUUUAUGCCCAAGACAAGGAGGACAGACAGUUUGUCCUGGACAAUAUAUAUUCCACAGCAAGGCAGCACACUCUGUAUAAUCUAUUACCAUACACCACUUACCACAUUUGUGUGACUGCUUCGAACAAGGCAGGGUCCAGCCAGACCGCAAGUCAGGGAAUUCCAGGUUCUUCGUGCACCAGAUUUAAAACAAAACCCAGCUACAAGUUUGUCUUUGCUGCUCUGUCUGCAGCAAGCGGACUCUUUCUCAUUUCCACGAUCAUUUUGUCUGUAUGUCUGUGUAAGGCACGUAAAAAGCCCCAGAGUGAGCAAUAUGGUACACACUUAGUCUCUUAUAAGAACCCGGCGUUCGAUUAUCCGUUAAAACUACAAACUACUAAUUAGCUCUAAGGGAUUGUUCUACACAUUCCAAGCUCACUGUCUUUGUCAAAUUGGGGUGUUUUCCUGAGACUCUCAGAAUGUCCAUCAGCAAAACAAAGAAACAUCAGACUUCAUAGCCCUUACGUUUGUAAGGGGGGAAAAUAAUAAUAAUAAUAAUGAAAGUAGCCAAACAGAAAAACAAAGCCUUUGGACUCUUCUUCAUGUGCUAAGCAGCAGCAAACCUGGACACUAACCUUGAGAAGUUGUUUUUAUAAUUACAAAUAUACCUCUCAUGGAUAUGGCCGCCGAGAGCCACUACCCACGAUGCAUCCAGCUAAACAAGACAGACUCUGCUUUAAUUCACAUCAGUGAAGCUGGGUUUUCAAUUUCUUCUUAUGUCUUUAUAUAUAAAGGUAAUAUCCAAAAAGGGCAUAUUAACAGCAAGAGUGAGAGAAAGGUCUCCUUGGACUCAAUGGUGAGGUGCUGUGCUCAUCUAACUCCAGUAAAUAGCUCCGGUGAUUGCAACUGCUCAGCACAACUUCAGAUCAGGAAAAAGAAACAUGAAGAUUAAUUGUAAAAAAAGGACAGCGCAGGAUCCUUAGGGCGGGGAUCGUUGUUUUGUUCUGACUUUGUGUAAUAUUUUCCACGACUGAGGCUCCCAAAUGUUACCACACCACCAAUUACAGGCAGUGAGGAAUUUGCAGUUCACAGGAACCCACACCAGCAUUUGCUUUGCGUUUCGUUUUAAGCAGAGAUGACUGCUCAGUCCCAUCUCCAGAUUUAGCAGGCUGCUGAUUUACCUCAUACAGAGGCAAAGAGCCAAGUAAUGAAACCAUUUAAUGCGUAUGUUGCUGAGACUUGAAAAACUGAAACCCCAUCCACCAGCAGCAGUCAUGCAGACCUUUUUUCAGAUGCACUUUGGGGUGCUAAUUCAUGCUAUAAAAUAAUAAGAGAUGCUGAGAAUCUCAGUCCUUCAGCAGCUUUGAGCUUGCCAUUAAAAUUCAAUUAGAUGUUUUUGUAAGGGGUGGUGUUUGUCCCAAAUAUUUCCUAUUCACAGACCCAUAGGUUUAUGUUCCAUUAGCUGGGGUGUUUCUGCUGCUGUAUCCUGCUGUACAGAUACAACAUAUGAAAUCUCAGAUCUCAGAGAAUGAGAGAUACUGCACAGUGUAAAAGAGUCUCUGUUCUGUCCAAUUUUUUGAUGCUUCCAGUGUUAAUGGAAAUAAAUCCUACAGAUUUUAAUUCUGGUUCUUUUUUAACAACCUAGAUCUUUGUGUUGUCUUUACCAUCUACAACAUUUAGCCCAAUAAAUUAACGCAAACAUUUUGUUGUUUUGGAACAAA